AGGAUUUGUGAAAAACAAAUUUAAAACCUUAAAAUUCAAUAAAAAUACAAAAAAUAAAUAUAAAUUUGUUAAAAAAAUGAGUAAGAAACCGAGUCCUACAAAAGUUUUGUCGCCGGCAAAAGUUAAAAGAAGUGCUAGUGACGAGACAAAACUCAAAAAAAUUUACGACGAACAGGAACUAAACAAAAAAAUGGGUCUCGAGUUGUACGGAAUCAGCGAAAAAAUGAACCCAAUCGAACCAAUUCCAGGCGAGAUGCAAAACCACUUUCUCGAUUACGAGAUAAAUGAAGUGGUUGCGGGUAAACCUUGCGUUUUAGGUGAUACAAUAUUCGGGUGUCGCGUUCCUCCGGGCUCCAAUCUCGACGAAAUCCGUAAGUUGGAAAUUAUUAAGCAGGGACUCGUGAGACCGGAUACUUUUCGUGCGAUGUUACGUAAAAUCGACUCAUUCCAAAAGCCAUCGGAUUGCUUUAACAUUCACGUUGACACGUUGUCGGAUGAUCAGGUGCGCGAGCUGCACAAGGGUUUGCAAAUUCUCACGGAUCUGGAGAAGAAUUUGAUUGUGUUUGAGACAAAAACGGCUGCUGGUUCGCGUGUGUUGCGUGUGAUGCCCCAUAAAGGUGGUCCCAUGACAAAUGAGGACUUGAAAAAGUGGGGAUGGGACCCGGAAUACAUUCAUUUUACGUUGCAGAAGAGGAACAUUCCAUUUAAGCGGCCACUAAUUAUGAUUUUGGAUACACUGAACCUCAAUAAAAAGGAUCUUGGAUUCGCGCAACUGAAGGAAGCUGGCGCUGUGAGUACUCAGAGGAUCUCGGUGCCGAAGGUGGCGGUCAAUAAACUGCAAAAAUUGACAAAACAGGAUAAAUUUUCGGUAGGAAACUUCGAAAUUAGAAGUGAUGAGGUGAAAAUUGGGGAUUUGGAUGGAAAUCGGUAUCGGAUUGUGUUUAGAGGAUUAUCGAGCAAGAACAAGGAACAGGUAAAUGAGUAUGAAGAGUGUUUGAAAUUCUUGGAACGCAAUGGGUUCAUCAACUACUUCGGGGUUAAGCGAUUUAUGAAGAAGACAGGCGUUCCUGCGUAUCAAAUAGGUAAAGCUUUGCUAACGCGAAACUUUGAAGAAGCCAUAAACUUGAUAAUGACGCCGACAAAGGACGAUCCGUCAGAGUUGCGUGACAUGAAGGAACGAUGGGCCUUGUCCGAUGGCAGUCCCAUCAAAACUCUCGAAGGAUCUGAGGCACUCGAGAGAGAAUUCGAGUAUAAAUUGGUAAAACAACUCGAAAGAAACCCCGACGACUUGGUUGAAGCACUGGAAAAAGUUCCUCUCAACAUCCGGCUUGCGUACAUUUUCGCCUAUCAGAGCUACAUUUGGAACAUUAUCGCGUCGCAGCGUAUCAAACGCAAGGGAUUGAAACUUUUUGUGGGUGAUAUUGUUCUCGUGAACAGUCUUAAGCCUUUGGCGCCGGAAUUUUUUGAAGAUUUCAGCAUUGGAUUGACGUCGCGAUCGGCAGUGUCGCCACCAUUUAUCCGCGACCCAAAAAAGAAGCCAAAUUUCAAAGAUGCCAUUAAAUUUGUCACGCAGGAGGAUAUUGACGAGCAGCGAUACACAAUUCAUGAUCUAGUCUUGCCCUUGCCGGGCAGCGAAGUAAGUUUUCCCAAAAAUAACGACGUGGGAAUUUGGUAUACGGACUUUUUGUCGAAGGAUGGACUGAAUAAGACACGGCUUUCGGACAAGUAUUGCAUCAAUGGCAAUCAAAUCGUUCAAAAUACAAAUUACUUCUUGCACGGAACGUAUCGCAAGCUUCUCGUCUUUCCGACAGACUUGCAAUGGGAAUUCAAGCCAUACAAAAGAUUGUCCGACAACCUUUUAGACAAGGACAAGUCCGAUCGCCCUAAACCCGAAGAUACGGAUAAAUUAGCACUCGUUAUGGAAUUUACAUUACCAGCCGACUCGUACGUGCAAAUGGCGAUUCGAGAAGUUGUCGAUUUGGACAAAAGUGGAUUCACGGACGUUUUUCUGUCAAGCAAGAAGGCUCACGAAGAGGAACUUAAGGAAAUGGAGCAAAUUGUGAAGGAAAAGAAGCGUGAAAGAGAUUCCGAACGCGAAAAAUCGGAAAAAGAUCGAGAUAAACGACCAAAAGUAGUGGAACGUCUCGAUGGAGGAAUCCGAAAAGAACGAUUGGACGGAGGAAUAUCGAAAAAUAAGCGAGACUCACAAACGAGAAGUCAAACCAGAAGUUUGAGAGAAGUGUCUCAAACGAGUUCGGCACGCAGAGCACGUUCACGCGAAGUCUUAGAUGGAAGACGGCGGGCAUCGAGAAGUAGAAGUCCCAAUAUUAGUCGACGUGGUUCACGUGAGGUCUUAAGAAACUCUAGUUCUCGCAUUGAAGUACGCGUGGAUAAUGACAUGCAUCGGUUGCGUUCGCGAUCAAAUGAGAGAUUUAUGGACAAUCGACCGACAUCUUUUGACGGAAUCCCCAUUUGUGAGUUUAACACGUUGCCCCAAGAACCGGAUAUUGAUGAUUCCUUCAACAAUGCUUCGCGUAAUUUGAGUAUGCGAGGCGAUUUUCAUCUCGAUGGCAGCAAUUCGAGAGUUUGGGAUUCGCAGGAAGCGGGAAGAUUUGAUCCGCGCGAUGAUAGACCGAGAUUUGAGCCCGACAUGGAUCGCGGGGUGCGACAAAGUGUGUUUGAUGGGCGUUUAGAACCUCGUCCAAUUAUGCGAAAUCCUGAUCCGCCGGAAAUUUUGGAGCCAGGAAGGCUUUUACAGCCUCCGCAGUACUUUCAUCAAAAUCAAGAUGACUUACGGAGUCGAUUAAAUGCGCCAAGCAACAGCAGCCCAUAUGACAUUGACCGCGAAUUUGAUCGUUUUGAGCAAGAAGUUCAAGAAUUGAAUCGUGAUUGUCGUCGCGAUCAAGAAAUUCGUUUGCGUGAGGCUUUGGAACAAGAAGAACGAAUGCGUUAUGGACGAUUGGAAGAGCUUCGUAGACCAGCAGAUGAACCGCUAUCACCACAAAUUGCCGAAAAAUUACGAAGAUUGGAUGAAGAAGCUUUGAGGUUAGAUCUGAAACGGGUCACACGUUUACAAAACUUUGAUGCCAGUACUCCGCGUCAUCGGGAUGACAGAGAUUUCGAUCGAAGACAAGGAAAUUCGAUGGCGGGACGUGAUUUUGGUGAUGAUCGCAACAUGGGAAUGACUCGCGAACAGGUUAUGAAUCGAAAUCGUGAAAUGGAAGAAUUUGACAGGAAUUUCCUGAUGGAUCGUGUCAAUAACGACCGUCGAUCCUCGAGAGAUCGCAUGUCAAUGGAUCGUUUUGAACAAAGAGACCUUCCGCCGCCGCGAUUUGUACAAGAACUUCCCUUUGGCAGAGACGGGAUUCGAUCUCCUUCACCAUCGCACAGCAGAAAAAGUCUUGAUCUUGAUCGCAGUUUCGAUCGUGGACCACUAAAUGACGACAGAUUCAGAAAUGACGACAGAUUUGGACCCCGAAACAUGGAUCAAGGACGCCAAAAUGACUUUAUGGGCGGCAACAACAACUUUGGCCCACGUGAUUCGUCUGACUUACGAAACAGCUUGUCACGAAAUCCUCAACAAAUGUCGAAUUUCAAUCAAAUGCCGCAACAAGGACAAUUUUCUGGCAUGAAUCCUAAUCAGAGAGACCAGUACAACAACAGAAACUUCCAAAAUUCGAAUCAAUUUCGUAACGACGGACCACCACCGAUGAUGAUGAAUCAACAACGCGGCAUGGAUAACUCCUGGAAUCGGCAAAAUAGUCCACCACCAAGACAGAAUUUCCCGCAGCAACAAUGGAUGAAUCAGGAAAAUCCGAAUUUUAAUCCGAACAAUGGAGGUCCGAUGAAUUUCGGUGGAAAUUUUGGCGGGAAUAAUUACGGAGGAAAUUCUUUCCAAGGAGGUCCGAAUCAAGGGCAAUUUAAUAAUUCGCAAAAUCCGAAUAUGUUUAAUAAUCCGAAUCAAAUGAUGGGUGGCAAUGGACCGCCAGGCGGCAUGGGAAUGAAUUUCCCUAAUAAUGGCGGAAAUAUGCGAGGAUCGCAAGGAAUGAUGAUGCAAGAUAAUAAUGGACGACCAAAGACAGGUCCUCCAGGAUUCAAAGAAAAUCGACGUAAAAGUCGUUUCAAUUAAACCCUUUCUUGUCCCUUUUUAGAGUUAGUUUUGAUUGAACCGAAACUUCAAUCCUGUAAUUGUUUUGUUUUCAUGAAAUUAAUUUUUCAGUUUUUUUUUGCUCCAAAUCUCUUUUUUGAAUGUUUUUCAGGCAGAAAAAAUUCUUACGUGACUUGUAA